AUGCCGACGGCGGCUUCGAGCGCGGACCAGAAGGCGACGGGGGGCGCGAGGGGGACGGCCGUGGUCCCGGCUGCGGAGGAGGGCACGGUGGGUAGAAAGCGUGAGACGGACACUGAGCCCAGACACAACAGCAACAGCGCGCUGGCUUUGGUGCGCCAGCCGAGCGUCGACGGCAGGAUCAGCAGCAACGGCAGGCAGUUCAGGAUCUAG